AUGGAAGGAAUCACAUGACAGCACCAAGAUGAAACUUGUAGUGCCAAGUGCUCCACCAAAGCUGAUUUUUAUAUUGAUGACAAGGAAUUGUAUGUUUGUAAUAACCACCACCGCGCUUGGUAUCGCAAUGAUGAUUGUACCAAAUUAACAGACUUCUCCACAGUUAGAACGACAAUUGAAGUAUUUGGUAUUUUAAUGAAAAAAUUUGAGGGAUAUCUUCUUGCUCAAGAAGAGUCAGAAGAAGUCCAAGAUCUUUUGAUUAGAACUAGCCGCUCAAAAAUUAUAAUGAAUGGAUUGAAUCUUCAACUUAAUGAAGCUAAAAGAAAAACAAAAUACUACAAGUACGACUCUAUAUUUAAAAAGAUAAAGACGAUUAAGAAUGAAAUCACAAGCUAUUCCCUUUAUUCUGAGUUUUCAAAAUCCGAUAGCUGGAAUAAUUCAUUUUUGAAAGUAAACCGGAAACACAAAAAGAGUAUUAACCUUGAUGAUAUUGGGCAAGAAGACAGUGGAAGUUCUACUGAAGAGGACAAUCAUAAAUUAAGGAAGAAUACUCCAGAAUUGACGAAAAUAUCGGACAUGAAAGCCAAAAGGUUCCUUGAAGAAUCUCUCGAGCAACCCCCAUUAAGGACAAGCACAACCACUCACAAUAAGACCAAAGGACACAAAGAUAGAAGAGUUCAGUCUAAAGAUCUAAGCAAAAAGGAACCCAAAGAAGAAUCUAAGGAGAACAGAAACUAUCAUCCCAAAAAGAGAGAGCUCAAAAGGAUUUCCCUACAAAGAGAAGAAGAUAGAGAAGGUUAUCAAGAAGAGCAAAUUUGUACUAAAAGUAAGAGACAGAAGAGACAAGACGCAACGUGUUCUUGAAAACAAGAAGAUGCCAAGGCUGUAGAAAAGCGAAAGCAGAUAGAAAAGGAGCAUGAACAAUAUAAACAGCAAAACCAGACUCUUACUAAAGAAGUUGCAAACAUUAAAAGACAAAAUGCUGACUUACUAAAGAAAUAUGAAAGGGACAUGCAAAAGGAAAAAGAAAAGAACGAUAAGCUGGUUCAACAAUUUAAGGAUAUGAAAGAUACUCAUGAAAGGAUGAAGCAAUCAUUAAUCUCUAAUCUCGACCUUUCCAAGCACUCUGACUUCAGCCUCCUCUACAAAAUUACCACUGAGGAAGACAAACAGAUCGGACCUGAAACUACACUGAUACUUAAACUUGACAAUCCCAAACACAUGAAAUUUCUAAUAUCUCUGAACAAGAGAAUGCCAGACAUUGGUAGACUUGAUCUUUACAACAUCCCUCUGAGCUGCCAAGAAGUCAAGACUUUCCUGGCCACCCAUUUCCCCAACAAAGUGAGGGUCCUCCAUUUUAACUGUGGCUCUUCUGUGAGUAGUUGUGUGCCCUUUUACUUGGAGGAACUGGUAGAAGUGAGUAAGAGAGUCACUGAAGUGUUGGGUAUUUAUAAAUUUGAAGUCUCUCAGGACCAACUCGUCGCCCUCUUCUCCGCUAACAGACAUAAAGAGUGGUUUGGGUUUCCUUACUGCAAACUCUCCCUGUCUUCUGUUCCUGAUUUCGGAGGAACCCUCGCUGGAAGUACGAUGCAAGGAUUAAAUUUGGAUUUCUGAGGAGGCUCUUUGUAUGGCGACUGGGGCAACAAUGAGUCGCACUUUGAAAACCUGAUUGCUGGGCUUUCCAAAGAGGAGGAUUUUAGGAAGAAUCUGAAGAGGAUUGGAAUGGACAAGUGUGGAAUGGAGCAGAAUGUUGUGGAGAAGAUUUUGGCUGAUCAUGGCUUUGGACAUGUCGAAAUUAUUGAUUACUCGAAGUAGAUGCCAAAACUGAAACUGUUA